AUGCCUUCUGGAGCACAUCGGGUGCUUCUCCUGUUUUCUGCCUUGGCAUCGGGUGAGCCUGGACUCAGCUCUCCAGCCAGAUGUCGCUUAGAGGAGGGCAGCUGUCCUUUGCACGACAUGGAGCUCGAUUCCAGUACCUUAGUACUUCCAGGCGGCCAAAGUCGCUGCAUUUUCAGCAACGUGGCGUCCGAGUACGCCUUCCAGGUCAUACCUGGCGACACGAACAAACUCUUGAUCUUCUUUCAGGGUGGUGGAGCCUGUUUCAAUGAUGCAAGCACCCAGGGAGCUGCGCCCUGUUUGUCCCAUGUGGUUGUGCAGCCUCUUGUCGGGAUUUUCGACCGCACCAAUGCUGCAAACCCGUAUCGCAAGUACACGGUCGUCCACAUCAACUACUGCAGCGGUGACUUGCACAUCGGCAAUGUGGUCAGAUGGUAUCUGGAUGGGGCUGGUCAACGAGUCGAACAGCGAGGGUUUCUGAAUGUCCUGUCUGCCGUCAAGUGGACGAGGAGAAACAUCCCGGGCAGACUAGCGUCCCUGAUCAUCGCCGGAUCUUCUACUGGUGCUUUGGGGGCCCAGCUAUGGGCUGCGACUCUUCUGAGGAGCUUCAGUCACCAAUCCGCGGCGGUGAUCAGUGACUCGGCCCUCGGCAUCUUCCCUGAGCAUUCGCAGGGUCCACUUCUUGCAGGCUUCGGAUUGUGCAAGUCCGGCCUUCUGGACGACUCCGCCGGCCUGCAGAGGCUUUGCACAUCUCAACAGCUAACCAUGCAGGACAUCUUUCACCAGUUGGCAGCAGAUUAUCCACACGUGGCACUCUCUGUCAUCACGAGUCAGCAGGACGCCAUGCAGAUCAAGAUCUACAACGCAGUCUGCAUGGCGAAUAUGAUGACGGAACGAGACAGCGCUGCAGAGUGGGAAUCGAAACUCAUGGCCACGCUCGAGUCCUACAACAAACAUCCCAGCUUUGUAUUGUACCUGAUGUCCGGCAAAUCCGAUUAUUUCUUACCCGUGAAGGAGCUCUUCACGACAGAUCUGCGUGGCAAGCAUGGCUUGCCUUCUUAUGGCCUCAAGCUCGUGCAGUGGCUGGAAAGCUUUCCAGUCUUCGCUGGACAAAGCAUUUCCAGCGAAUGCAGCGCCUGUGCGCCUGCCCUGGGUUCCAAGACUUUUACUGCUCCGACAGCAAGGCUUCAGCAAGAAUCGCUUGUGGCAGUCAAGCCCCGGGAUCUCCCCAAGGAGAGCAAAGAUGAUGUCGAGCUUUUGCCCAGCAUUCACGUCGAGCCGCCGUCGCUGGACUAUCCGUGGUGGUCAUACCUCUACUAUGCGUCGUUGCUCGUAACCGCCGCCCUGCUGUCUCUAGGAGCGGCGCAGGAGUGGUGCCAUCGCCUCGCCGGCUUGGAGUUUGUCCGAUUGUUUCGUGCGGGUCAAGCUUCCAAAAUGACGCCCAUCACGAAUCCAGCCAGGAGAGGGCUGCAAACUGAGCUGUUGCAGCCGACAUCCUUGGCGGACAGCCGCGCUGCCGGGUCACAAGUAAAAGAGAGACUCGCGGCGCUUGCGCAAGAAGGUGGUGGUUGGGACAACAAGCCAGUGCUGGAUGCCGCACCGCACGCAGCCAAGGUCUCAAAGUACAUCACCCCCUCACAGAUGGUGGUGGUGAGCACCAAGGUCGGCGAUCUCGUCACCUGCAUCCGUGCUUCGACAAUUGACAGCGAGGCCUUGAUGAAGGAAGUGACGGAAGAGGAGAUGACUGAAUUCUUCAUUUAUGCACGAGAGGUGAACUCGGCAAUGGCAGAGUUUCGCACGCGGAACACAGGGCAUGUGUGCAGGCUGAUCUCUGCAAACGAUUUGACGGGAGUCUCCAAGUUUCCUGAUCAGUCCUUCCAGAACGCAUUGACUGGCUCUGCGAAGCGAGCUGUGACACUGUAUCCUGGCUACUCCGGCCCUACUGUUUUGCUGAAUCUCCCGUGGCUGGCCCGCAUGUUGGUAUCCAUCCUCACGCCGCUAUUUCCUGGAGCAGUGCGUGAGAAGAUAAAGUUCGCCAGGGGUCCGAUGGCUUACAUGAAGGACUUGGAGGACGUGAUCAAAGAGCCCACGAGGGGGAUGUUCGUCGAUGACUUGCAGGCUGUGUUGAACUCCUGA